AUGAACCGCAAGGAUCUCAAGCGCAAAGCUCUAGAGCCAGUAUUUGUGGCUGGAAAGAUUGCAGAGCUUACGUCCGAGCUCAAGAAGAACGAUGCCACGCUGCGGGAAGAGAUCCAAGCGCUGCGUGACGAGAUCAGCGAUUUGAAAACGCAACUAACCAGCAAGACCGAAGAAUGCAGUCACAUGGAGGCGGAAGCUCAAUUUCUUCACCCAGAUGCCGUGAUGGAUCGUGUUCGAACGAAAUAUUGGCACCACGGCGACCUCAGCCUUCUUCGGCGGGCCAUCGACCCACGGACGCGAAAGCUCCGCAUCACGAAGAGCCGAGGCGAUCGGUCUCUAUACCUUUGUGAUACAGCACCAAAGAAAGCAAAGAAGACGCACGUGCGCGAUGGCAGAUCUUCUAAGCACGAGCUGAAGCGAGAGUGCAAGCAAUCACCAGGAACAGAGACCACGGAUUCUCCAUCUACCCAUUCAACGCAUGAUGCUCACGAAAAGUACCAGGAAGAAUCGGAUGUUGAUAGUGUGUCGACAAGGGGAGAGAAGGAACAGGAUGAAGCGGGCAGUGACAGUGAGCCGCACAGCGACGAGAAGGCAGUAAGCGACUCGGACGCUGACAGUGGCUUGCCAACUGAAGCGAAGGUGCAAGGUACAUUAGAUGCUGACAGGGUCUUGUCAAGAGAAGAAACGGAACUGGGCAAACCGGACUCCGGCAGUCGUUUGCCAGAGCCACAAGAAGGCACGUCUGCAACGACGUUGCCGCAAGAAAAGGAGACGCAGAUGCUGUGGCAGCACUAA